AUGCUGGGUGAACAGGCAUUCCUUCUUUCUCUGCUGGCAUGUCUCCUGAUUCUUUACCUUCUGAAACGGUUCUUGUCUUGCAGAAGUGGGAAAACAGCCAUGGAACAAAAUUUGCCUCCAGGGCCUCCUCGGCUUCCACUCAUUGGAAGCAUUUGGGCAUUUGGCUUAUAUCUAUAUUGGAAAAAAGAAAGAUUCAAACAGCUGAGAAAGUUCUAUGGAAACAUUUACAGUCUGUGGCUGGAAUCUAAACUGGUGGUUGUGCUGUCUGAAUUCGAAGCGGUGAAGGAAGCGCUGAUAAACCACUCCGAAGACUUUGCUGGCCGACCCAUGACCCCUUUUAUUUUAACUGCAGUAAAAGAAAUGGGUAUUGCAUUUACAAGUGGCCACACCUGGAAGGAACAGAGGAAGUUUGGCAUAGUUACCAUGCGGAAGCUGGGACUGGGGAAGAAAGGCAUGGAGCACCAAAUAGAAGAGGAGGCCCAUCAGCUAGCUGAGACUUUUGCCCGGACAAAAGGGCAGCCAUUUGACCCUUCAUUGCCCAUCACUAAUUGCAUCUGCAAUGUGAUUUGUGCUGUGGCUUUUGGACACAGAUUCUCCGUUGAAGAUGAAGAAUUCCUCAAGUUGAUGAACGCCAUUGAUUAUGUUACCAAAUUUGUAGGCACUACCAGUCAUGGGCUGUAUGAAAUAUUCCCAUGGAUCAUGAAACAUCUCCCAGGGCCUCACCAGAAGGCACUUGCACAUGUAAAAGCUGCACAAACAUUUGCAAAGAAGGAAAUAGAAAAACAUAAGGAACAUGAUGUUGUGCAUGAUCCACAAGAUUUCAUCGAUUUCUAUCUCUUGCAUAUGAAGAAAACCAAGAAUGACCCCAACUUUACAUACAAUGAGGAGAACCUGGUUGAGAUUAUCUUUGAACUUUUUGUGGCAGGGACAGAAACAACAUCCUUGACUUUGCAGUGGGCAUUGCUCCUCAUGGCAAAUCGCCCAAACAUCCAACAGAAAGUCCACAAGGAGAUAGAAGAUGUUUUGGGUUCCUCUACGUCAUUCAGCUAUCAAGAUCGAAAGCGAUUGCCUUACACCAAUGCUGUGAUUCAUGAGAUCCAGCGGUUCCAAUAUAUUUUAAUUGCUGGGAUCCCCAGACAAUGUGUAAAGGAUGUGAACAUCUUUGGUUUUCUUAUUCCCAAGGGGACUUAUAUUAUUCCAGACCUCCGCUCUGUUCUUCUUGAUCCCACGUGCUGGGAGAAGCCUCAGGAGUUCAACCCAAAUCAUUUUUUGGAUAAGGAUGGAAGUUUUUUGGAAAGAGAAGCAUUUCUUCCAUUUGGUGCAGGAGCCCGUGUGUGCCUGGGAGAACAGCUGGCGAAGAUUGAGCUCUUUAUCAUCUUCACCAGUCUGCUGAGGUCAUUCACUUUUCAGUUACCAGAAGGCAUGAAAGAACUCAACGAAGAACCUAUAGUAGGGGCAACAGUGGCUCCCCCAUGUUUUAAGAUCCGUGCUGUUCCCCGAUGUACAAAUUAG